AUGUCUACAGCCGAUUCUGACCUGGGGGAGCUCUUGGCUCAGGUGCUUCCCGCCGGAAUCAAAAUCACUGUCCGACAUCUCUCGUCCACUCCGAUCCCAUGCUCCGCGCUCUUUGCGGCACCCCCCGGCGAAGAGCCAGAAGCCACUUUCUGUGCGAACCAUUUCCUGAUUGUCUCGAUCUACAAGGGUGACGAAAAUGACAGCAACGGCAAAGGAUCCGAGAUCAUCGUGUUUGGAAUGGAAGUGCUAGUCUACAGUACCACGCACUUGACGACCAUCUUCGUCUCCAAAGCUGACUCGACGGGCUACUUACAUCUACUCCAGACCACCUCCAAGGUUUCGCUACUGCGAUUGAUUUCGAAUACGUUUCUUUCCUUCCUCAUGCGCACCCACCAACGACCGAGCGUCCGACUGGUGCUGUCCUUGUUCGCGCGCGCGCAGAACCAAUACCUCUUCCCCGGAAGCAUCCACAACCCAGGCAAGCACGUCCUCGACGAUCGCGGAUUGAUAAAAUGGUGGUGUCGCGUGGCAGACUCGAUUCUACGAGAGUAUGAGCCGGAGUCUGGCGGCCAUGAGAAAGGACUUCUGGACCGAACGAUGGAAUUUGCCAAGAGCUCAGCUACGGCGUUCCUGAUCGUCCCGGGAUGCGACAAGUUCGAAACACGAGGAUUCUUCCCGCCCGCCGCUAAAGAAGAUGAUAAGGAGCGUCCUCGAUGGGUUAACAGCUAUCCUGUCCGUCAAUUAUGCGACAAUCCCGAGGCCCCUCCGCGAUGCCUGAUUCCCCGUUUGCCUGACGAUCCGAAGACGCGGUUCUUAAUAGACUUGGACGAUGAGCUGCCUGAGUUGAAAGAGUCUGAAGAACAGCGCAAGAGACCCCCGGGUCAGUGGCUGAGUGUGCGGUCGUUGGAACAGUUCUGGGAGAUGAUGUCUUUUCGACAGGAGUGUUCGGCUGGGCGAUUGGUCGGGUUCUUGUGGCUGGUGAUUAAUCCGCCGGGGCUGGAGAAUUCAGUUCAGAUGACAAGCUCUAGGGUAAUGACUGGAGACGUUGGAAAAGGGACUACUGAAACUACGGCUUCAAGUGCACCGGCCGAGAAGGAAUCGAAGACAACUUCGCCGUCGAAGGACGUUCCGAACGAUACCAAAACUCAGGCCCCAUCGUCGCAGUCACAAGGGACCCAGAAACAGACUGCUGAACAACCGCCGUUUCACUGGCCAGAAGCCGGACGAGGAGACGCGGUUCUCAGCGAGGCUGAUUACAAGACUGCCGUUGACUUUCUUCUCACGCAAGACUUUGACAACGAGGAAGAAUCCAUUGCCAGCACAAAGGCGUGGGCCGAGAAGCUCACGUCCAUAACGGACCAGCUUUGGGUGGGCAAGCAUGUCGAGGGGAGGAGCACCAGCAUCGGACAAUCUGCAUCGCAAACCUCUCAGACAACCAACCUCAUCGACAGCGGUUUGAUACGGAAGCGGAAGAAAAACGACCAAGGUCAAGACACAGCCAAGACUAAUGAUAAUGCUGGGGCUACUUCGGAGCCUGUGCAGUCCUCGUCGGGGGUCAAUGUGCUUGGUACGAACUUGAUCCGGAAGAAGAAGAAGACGUAG